UUCCCGCUAGAGAUAAUUAACCCUCCAAACUGCUCCCUCUGUUCAAAAUUCCAAACCCCGCCUACCAGAGUCUUAAGAAAACAGAAAACCCCCUCUCCCUCUACCUCUCUCUUCCUUUCUAACGGUAAUUACCUCUCUUCCCUUCCUCAUAUUCUCCAUCUUUCCAUUCACUGCAUCAGAUCUGCACUCAUAAAAGAAAAGAAAAGAAAAGAAAAUGGCGUUGUCUUACAGUGAUAUUAUAGAUCCCUCUUCAAGGCAUCACACUUAUAGCAGGAAACAGAAAUCUCUCGGUCUCUUAUGCACCAAUUUCUUGACCCUGUAUAAUCGAGAUGACAUUGACGUGAUUGGACUUGAUGACGCUGCUUCAAAAUUAGGGGUUGAGAGAAGGCGGAUCUAUGAUAUAGUCAAUGUUUUGGAGAGUGUUGGGGUUCUUGCAAGAAAAGCAAAGAACAAGUAUUUAUGGAAGGGAUUUGCUGCAGUCCCUAAAGCUUUACAAGAAUUAAAGGAAGAGGGUUUGAGAGAUAAUGUCAAUACAAUUGAUAAGCAAAGCAAUAAUUCUGUGAAAGUUGCAGAUGAUGAUGAGGAUGAAGAUGAUGACUCUGAUUCCAAUCCUAACACUGGAAGCCAGAAUGAGAAUUCUGGUAUUAUCAAAUCUACAGCGGCGUCAAGAUUUGAUCAUAGGAGGGAAAAGUCGCUGGGUCUUCUUACUCAGAAUUUUGUCAAGCUCUUUGUGUGCUUCAACGCAAAUUUGAUCUCGCUAGAUGAAUCUGCCAAGUUAUUACUCGGGGAUGGCCAUAAGUCCUCAAUUAUGAGAACAAAAGUAAGGAGGCUAUAUGACAUCGCAAAUGUGCUUUCUUCUCUAAAACUUAUUGAAAAGACACAUACUGCUGAUACAAGGAAACCUGCAUUCAGGUGGUUAGGUUUGAGAGGAAAAUCGGAGAAUGGAUCAGGUGAUCCUUUGGCUCCUUUUGAGUCUAGGAAGAGGACAUUUGGAGCUGAUGUCACAAACAUAUGUUCUAAAAGAAAUAAAACGGAUUCUUCAGUUGAUGGGGAUAAAAGCAAGAAUCUGAAGAUGCAGAAGCAAAUAAAAGAUGAGAAUAUUGUAACUGUCGUUCAGAGAGGCAAUAUCGACCAGGAUUCACAGCAGAACUCAGGAAGUUUCCAGUUUGGCCCUUUUGCUCCUGUUAGCAUAGCCAGAGUUGGCAACUCUGAAGAGAAAGUGACUCAGAUCUAUGAUUGGGAGGGUCUUUCCUCUACUUUCCGUCCUCAAUACCAAAACCAAGCUUUGAGAGAUCUCUUUUUUCACUACACGGAAGCAUGGAAAUCAUGGUACACGGAAGUUGCUGGGAAGAAACCAUUACACAUCUCCUAGUUUUUUAUUACUGUGUCUCUGCUACCAGUACAGUAUAAGACACUCCAUUCUCUCUCUCUCUCUCUUUUGUUCUUUUUUUAUUUUUGUACUUUUUAGGAUAGAAAAAUGGCUUCAGGUUGGAUGCAUAUUCCCCGUGCACCAUCUUAGCAUGGCCAAACAAUGUUCUUUUUCUGAUGUUUCGAAGCAAAUGAAUUUGAAUA